CCGUCAUAUUUCUAUUCUUCUCUUCAAGAAUGAGUUAAAAGUUGUUUUUGAUUUCGAACCGGCAAAUCAAUUCUUGCAUUGAUAUGAUGCAAUUCGAUAACCUAAGACCAAUAUUGGACAAUAUGUACAUAUUAGGGUUAUGUGGCCAUGGGAAAAGGAGAGAUGUGUAAUAUGUAAUAAAUCUGUAUAUUAUAAUCUUCGUUGUGAAAGCAAAAUCGUACGAAAAAUGAGCAACAGUGACGAUGAUGAUUUACAAUUGUGUCCCACAACACUUGCUGCUUUAAAUGAAUUUCUUAAAGAAAAGGAAGAAAGGGAAAAUGAAUUAAAAUGCAUUUCAGAAAAUCAAAGUCUAGAUAUUUGUUUCGAUGAAAACUGGCAAUUGAGUCAGUUUUGGUAUGACGAGUAUACUACAGAUACUCUUGUCAAAGGUGCUAUAAAUUCUACAGAUUCUACUGGAAAGAUUGCUUUAAUUUCAUGUCCUACACUUUACAAUAAAUUAAAAAAAAACUGUGGCUUACGACAAGCAAAUUCUUUGUUAACAGUAACACUUUUUGAGUAUGACGAACGCUUCAAAAUAUUUGGUUCUGACUAUGUACCAUAUAAUUAUAAAUUUCCUUUGGAUUUAACAAGAAAUAUGGCAGGUUAUUAUGACUUGGUCAUAGCUGAUCCACCAUUUCUUUCUGACGAAUGUUUAACAAAAACUGCACUUACAAUCAAAUUCCUGGCAAAAAAGAAUAUUGUUCUUUGUACAGGUGCUGUUAUGGCAGAAUUAGCAGGAAAGCUAAUGGAUGUUAAAAUUUGUAAUUUUAUACCUCAUCAUCAAAAUAAUCUUGGAAAUGAAUUUUAUUGUUACUCGAAUUUCGAUUUCGAUAAAAUGUUAAAAUAAAUAAGUAUCUAAUAAAAAUAUUGCAUAUGACGUUUACGUAUUUGAAAUUGGAAGAACAAUUUGUAUACAUAGUAUAUAAUGUACAAUUGUAAUAUGAGAUUUAAACUUUCGAAA